AUGGCCAACAACAACACCUCCUCGCAACGUCUCGGUCAGAUCUCGGCUCACUUGGACAAUUCCAAAAUGUCGGUGUUCCAAAAUGUGCCCCAAGCACCUGCCGAUGUGAUCUUUAGCUUGACGGCUGGUUACAAGGCUGACACCCACCCACAAAAGAUCAAUGUUGGCGUUGGUGCAUUCCGUACCGAUGAGCUGAAGCCCUAUGUCCUUCCUGUUGUGAAAAAGGCAGAUGCUAUCUUAUUCAAUGAUCCCAACCUCGACCAUGAAUACCUUCCUAUUGCAGGCACACCCUCUUACACUCAAGCUGCAAGCAAGUUGAUCCUUGGUGAAAACAGCCCUGCUAUCCAACAAGGCCGUGUGGGUGGUGUGCAAACCAUCUCUGGUACGGGUGCUAAUCAUACGGGUGCUGCUUUCCUCUCUCAAUACUACACCAAGAGUCGCAAGGUCUACAUCUCCAAACCUACUUGGGCCAAUCAUCGUGCUAUCUUUGGAGGGGUUGGUUUUCAAGUUGAAGAAUAUCCUUACUGGGACCCAGAGACUCGAGGCUUGAACUAUCAAGGCAUGCUUCAAUGUAUGCGUGAUGCACCCAAUGGCAGUAUCUUUUUGAUUCAUGCAUGUGCACACAAUCCCACGGGUGUCGAUCCUACUCCUGAGCAGUGGAAGGGUAUUGCAGAGGUCAUGAAGGCCAAGGAUCAUUUCCCAUUCUUUGAUUGUGCUUAUCAAGGAUUUGCAUCGGGUGACUUGGAUCGUGAUGCGUGGGCUGUACGUUACUUUGUCGAUCAAGGCUUUGAAUUGUUCGUGGCUCAAUCCUUUGCAAAGAACUUUGGUCUUUAUGGUGAACGUGCUGGCAAUUUGACCGUGGUGAGCAAAUCUCCUGCCGAUAAGCAACGUGUUCUUUCACAACUUGAAAAGCUUCAACGCGCUGAAAUCUCAAAUCCUCCUGCCUAUGGUUCUCGCAUUGUUGACAUCGUUCUUAACGACCCAGCCCUUUACGCCGAGUGGAAAGAAAACCUUCAAUACAUGUCCAACCGCAUCAUCACAAUGCGUAAGGCUCUUUAUGAACGUUUGGUCGCCUUGGGUACACCUGGCACUUGGAACCAUAUCACCGAUCAGAUUGGCAUGUUCUCCUUUACUGGCUUGAAAGCUCCCCAGGUUAAGGUGCUCAAGGAAAAAUAUCACAUUUACAUGACUGACAAUGGUCGUGUUUCCAUGGCUGGUCUUUCUACACGUAAUAUCGAUUACUUUGCCAAGGCCAUUGACGAUGUUGUACGAAACGUCGCUGUCUAA